CCCAUGUACAAGUUCCAAUUCCUGCAAGAUGAAGCGGGCGGUGCCGACGCGCACGAGUGCAGACCCUGCGCGGGUCCCGAUCCUGUACCCGCGCCCAGACUACAUCCCCAUUGCACGUGGAGUUGACGACGCUAUGACGCGAUCACCAACGCCGCCGACGAUGGGGUGGGAUCAUGCUGCGCCGCCACCGUCUCUCGUCCAUCUCGACAAUCUAGCAUCGAAACGACCGCGAUGGAACGAGUCUGCGUGGGUCCAAGACCGACGACGAGACAACGAUCAGUUGCCUCCCAUGAUACCUAUGACGACCCAUGCUCUUCAUACCACAAGGACGACGAGUGCAGCACCAAUUGCUCCCGCAGAGUCCGACCCGUCCUCGGACGGCGAAUCGGGAGACAAAGACGACGACAACGAGCCGCUGACGAAGCUCCAUGCCAGCAAGAAACGCAACCGCAUGAAAGAUGAGAUCGAUGCUCUACGGAAAGAAAUUGGAUCGAUGACGAGACACCUCGAGUGGCUUCGGAUGAACCAAAUGCAUCAGUCGGCACACCAGACGGCACCCAUUUGGGCAGACAUUGCGAAGCAACAAGCUCACGAACUAGCCCGUGUGAUGGCGGAAAACCAGCACCUGCGUCAUGCCUUGGAGCAGCAUCUCGACAUUGCACAAGAGUACAUCGACACAAUCAUUCCCAAGUCGCCGCCGCCUGUCGAUACGGUCACCGCUGCCCUGCCCAUCAUCAUGUGCCUUUAAAUCAAAUAUAAUUCGACCUUGAAAUCGACCUGCCCCG